AUGCAGCAAUCAUUCACUACGUUCCUCGCCUUUUUCUUGGCUUCGGGCGCCCUGGCUGUACCUGCUGGUAGCCUGAACACUCGCCAGACCUCUCCUGACGGAUCCUGUGGUGGCACCACUGGCUUUGUUUGCGCCACCGGCUUCUGCUGCUCCCAGUUUGGUUUCUGCGGUCAAGGUGCCUCCAGCAGUGGCAGCGGUGGCUCUGGUACUGGUACUGGCAGCGGCAGCAGCGGCAGCGGUGGUGGCAGCGGUGCCAUCACCUGUACCUCUAAGCAGUUCUUCACCGGUGAUGGUUCGACUGCUGCUGGCUGGCCUGCUGAGAGCGCUUGGGCCAGCUUCGAUAACAUCUGGAAUGCCAACGUUAACAACAUCAACAACGCCUGCCAGAACAACGAAUGGGGCGUACCUAAUAACUCUGCUCAGGAGACUUCCGAUCUUCAAGCUGCUAUCCUCAGCGUUGCAUCCGCUUCUGGCGUCGAUUCGCGUUAUAUAUUAGCAACUGUAAUCCAGGAGAGCAAGGGAUGUGUCCGUGUCCCGACUACGCAAGGAUUCUUCUCCAACCCCGGUCUGAUGCAGGACGCCGACGGCUCACAUACCUGCUGGAUCUCGCAAAACAACGGCGUCGUCCCCUGCCCCAACGACGAGAUUGUCGGCAUGAUCCAGGACGGUACUCAGGGAACUGUCGCUGGUGGUGGCGAUGGCCUCCAGCAGCUUCUGGCCAGUCUGUCAACUACUGGUGCCCAGCAGGUCUACCAGGCUGCCCGACUCUAUAAUUCUGGCAGCAUCCCAUCCGAUGGAAACUUAAGCGAGGGUGGUGCUACCUCCUCAUACUCCUCAGAUAUUGCUAACCGUUUAACUGGCUGUGUUUUUUAA